AUGACCCGUACGCGUCGUCUUCUCCGGAGAGGAACUCACAUUUCUCUCGCCAAAGAGCGGGAGGUGAAUAUCCUUCAUCAGCUAGGGUAUUUCGACCGACAGCAGCGCUUCUUCUCCUAUCUUGAUAUUAGACGCGAUUGGAUGAAAGAUGUUGUUGCUCAUCAUUUGAGCUUGGAUUCGACCGAGGUGUGCCAUAUUGCAAAGAUCGAAGACUGGUUCCGCGGCAGCUUCAAUGUUUGUGUUCCUAUUACUAUUGUUAACUGGCAACGCCGACAGCAGCCGGGAAAACGUGUCAUACUGCGAUUCCCUCUUCCAUAUCGAGUCGGAGACGAUUUUAGACCAGGCAAUGGGGACGAAAAGAUCCAAUGUGAAGCCGGCACCUACGCUUGGCUCCAACAAAAUUGUCCAGAGAUUCCAAUUCCUCGACUGUACGGGUUUGCCUUAUCAUCAGGUGAAACGUUCACGCAAAUUGACCACCUGCCUCUUUUCAGUCGUUGCUCUGAGUACCUACGCCGUUUGCUGCGCUAUUGUUUUCGCUUCCCGACACGUUCAAAUUAUGUCCGUCAUCCAAACCAGUCCGAACGGGAAAUAGGCCGAUUAGGAUAUGCGGGAUAUUUAUUGAUAGAGUUCAUUGAGGAAGCACAGGGGACAAUGCUGUCGAAUACCUGGUCUGAAAAGCAACAUGACAUCGAGUUGCGCAGCAGUCUCUUUAAAGACUUGUCUCGGAUCAUGCUCAGUAUCAGCAGAGUGCCUCUGCCCCGUAUUGGGUCUUUUAUCAUAGACAGGAAGGGGUUUUUGACCCUGACUAAUCGCCCGCUUUCGAUGGAGCUUCAGGAAUUGGAAAACGAGAACAUCCCGACCGACCUACCCCGUGACUUUACGUAUUCAACUGUGGAGUCUUACGUGACAGAUAUCCUGGCGGUUCAUGAUAGCCGCCUGCGGAAUCAACCCAAUGCAGUGAAUAAUGUGCAAGACUGUGGCUAUCAGAUGUCAGCGCUGGCGUCAAUGCGGACAAUACUUCCAUUGUUUUUCUGUCGAAAUCUGCGUCGUGGACCCUUUGUUUUCACGUUAACUGACCUCCAUCAAAGCAACAUCUUUGUUGAUAAAAACUGGCAUAUCACAUGCCUGGUCGACCUUGAAUGGGCCUGCUCACGCCCUGUUGAAAUGGUCGAACCUCCUUACUGGUUGACUAAUAAAGGUGUGGAUGAAAUCAAUGUCGACGAAUAUGACAAACUUCGGCAGGAAAUGAUGACUGUCAUGCGUGCUGAAGAGGCAGAAAACUUCAGCGAGACCCUUCUCAAAGACGUAGCGAGAACACCGUUGCGACUAUCUGAGAUCAUGGAACAGGCAUGGGCGACUGGAACAUUCUGGUAUUCCCUGGCCCUCUCCAGCCCGACCGGCUUGUUCAGACUAUUCUACGACUAUAUUCAGCCCCAGUUGUCCAAGCAUCGCUCCGAUGAUCUGGGUGAAAUAAUGCCCUUUUACUGGGGAAAGGACGUGGGGAAGUUUGUGGCGACAAAGCUUGCUGAUAAGAGGAAAUAUGACCAAGACCUUCAACUAGCCUUUGCAGCGGGCAGUAUUGAUGGUGAAUCGUGCAUAUAA